UUUCCCUUCUUAAUACUCACUGAUCAAUAACCUCCUCAGUUUUUAAUGCCAAUAUUUAAUAACCGUGAAUAAUUCUAUGGUAGAACCGUUGUAAUCUAAAACCAUAGCGUUUGAACUCUGCGUUGACAUUAUAUUUCCAUUCAGCAGAUUUUUUUUUGAAUCUUGACAGUUGAUUACAAAAAUAAAUACCGAUUGGACAGUCCUAAGCACGUGAGAAAUUUCUAAGCAGACACAGAAAUUCACUUUGAACCGUGGACGCGUGACGGUCUUCCGUGGCAAUAAUGGCACGCGUGUGGCAUGCGAGUAUUGGGCUCGUGGCGGCGAGCGCCAUGAUGGCAGCCGUGGCAGCCUCGUGGGUCAACACUAACGUCUUCGACAAUUCCGAGUCUGAUAAAUGGGCAUCCGACAUGUGCUCGACCAACACCACAUGCAAUGCGACAGCAAAGCGCUGCUUCUGGCAGCUGAGACAAGCGCAGGCUUUCGUCCAGUCGCUCGAACGGAACGAGUCUGAUUCUCUGGUCGACCGAUGCAACGACAGGCGCCAGAACUUCGACACGUGCGCCCUGGCAGCUAACUUGAACGUCACUUGGAGCUCUCUCACUGGCUCGAAUGUAACAUGCGACUUAUCUUUCCGUCAUGGGCCGAGGUCAUUUUUCCCUCCUCGUGGCCCGCGUCCUCGACGAACAGCCGAAAACGUUUCCCCCUUACAGAGUACCGAUCUCAGUUUACCCUCUCUAGUGUCCUCGAUCAGGUUUCGUCCUAAACGAGCACUCGAAGGUGUUUCCUACCCUCGCGAUCUCGUGCCUGGUCUCUCUCUAGCGCCCUCCGUCUUCCGCCGCGCUCGAGACACACGUCACGGUCGACGUCCGGGACCCCGGGGCGGACCCAACGGCAAGCGAUCUUGGGGAAGCGUCGCUGAGUUCCUCGAAAACCUGGAAACUGAAGACCCGGCCGCCCUGCAGAACUACACACUCUGCGUCCUGAAGGAGGAAGGACUGGUUUUGCCAGACGGUCAAGUGAAUCGCACGGCCUUCCAAACCUUGGCCACCGUGGCCUUCAUCACCGAGCCUGUGGUGGCCACUGCUGUGAAGGACGCUAUGGGCACCUGCGAGGCCGCGUCUGUCCCAAACCAGCUCACCGAUUACAUGAAGUGCUGGGCCACGGCAUGCGUCGGGGCGAAGAUGCCGUGACCAACGAAGCGAGUUCCCCGGAGCAAAUGCCGUUGAAACAACGUUGAUUAUGAAUUGAUUUCGUUGAAACACAUGAUUCAAUCGACGUAAUUUCAACGCCAAACGACUUUUAGGAAACCACUGCGGAGGAGGCUCUGUGGUUGACAUCUGAAGAGCACCACUUCCAUGUGGCGAUAUUAACCCGUUACCGGCUACUCAAACAAUACAUAGAUUAAUACAUAGUAUUUUCUCUAAAUCACUUCAGAAAUUUUCAGAUCACUUCCAUUUGAUGUGCAAGCUUUAAUUAUUGAUAUCUAUAGCAGUAUAAUCCGCAAAAAUUAUGCGAUUUUCCCAUCGUAAUGCGACUCACUAUUAAAAAAAAGAAAUUUCUAAUUAUAUUUUACAUCAGAUAAUCUUAUUAUAAAUUUGAUAGAAUAAAUUUAAGUGACGUGUUGCUUUAACUUUUAGUAAACAAGUUCCCUGCAA